AUGAGCGGAUCGAGCGAGGGCCGCAUUGUGCUGGAGCGGGACACCUGGCUGGUUGAGAACUUCAAAAACCCGAAGGAAAUCCAAACGCUCAAAGACGGGCAAAUGAAACACAAAGUCCAGGCAAGUGCGGGACUGCGCAGGGCUGCGCCUGCAGGUGGAGGGAAAGCUGAACUCGUUGAUUGUGGACUCGUGCGCGGACUGCCGCAUUUGCGUGGCGAGUUUAAUUGCCACUGUGGAAAUCGUGAACUGCCGCAAGAUCCAGCUGCAGGUGACGGGCUGCGUGCCCGCAGUCUCGAUCGACAAGAGCCAGAAAGUGGACCUCUUCGUGUCCCGCGAAGGCUGCGGCGUGGAAAUCACCAGCAGCAAGUCCACGGAGAUGAACUUGAACGUCCCCAAGCCCGGCGAAGACGGCGACUGGACCGAAAUUGUCAUUCCCGAGCAGUUCCACCACAAGUUGAGUCCCGACGGGAAGCUCCACACCCGAGUCUCGGACUUGUACUCCUGCUAGCUUUGGCCCCCUGCGUCGGUCUUCGCCGAAUUUCCGAAGCUGCUGCUCCCGCCGCCGCUGCGCAGCACAGGCAGCAGCUGUUGGCGCGGCGCUGCUGCGGAGUUCGCUCGCGGGGGCUCUCCGUUUGCUCCCACUUUCCGUUUUUAUUCAACUUUUAA